UCCUACACCACUUCCCCCAAUUCGUCUCAUCCAUUUUGUUUUUGUUUUUUCACUUUCACACCACAUUCUUCAGUGCAGGCAUCAUGGCAGCUUCCUCAGCUUUGUUCACCCCUAUCUUCUCCACCGUCCAAAAGAAGAAUGGCAUUGUUACCCCCUCCAGCAUCUCAUUCCACGGCCUUAGACCCCUAAGCAAGGGCAAAUCUUCAUCCAACGCCAUCUCCUUCUCAAGAAACUCAGCUGCUAGUGCUAGGCUUGCAAUCAAAGCAGAGCUGAGCGCCCAAGUUGUGAUAAGCGUCAGCACUGCUCUCUCCCUUUUCUUGGGUAGAUUUGUGUUCUUCAACUUCCAAAGAGAGAACGUUGCCAAGCAAGUGCCUGAGCAAAAUGGGUUGACCCACUUUGAGGCUGGGGACGCACGAGCCAAGGAGUAUGUUAGCCUUCUCAAGUCCAACGACCCUGUGGGAUUCAACAUCGUUGAUGUUCUUGCUUGGGGAUCUAUUGGCCAUAUUGUUGCUUACUACAUCUUGGCCACCACAAGCAAUGGCUAUGAUCCCAAAUUUUUUGGCUGAACAUCAGCUUCGUCUUCUUAAUUAUUCUCUAUUUUGUAAACCCUUGUGUAGUUCCUUUCUUGUGUUAAAAGAAAUUGUUGCUUUUCUCCUGCUUUAA